GCGCCUCCCGGCAAAAAGAAAUCGGCAGCCCAGUAAUUCGUUACAUUAUUGCGUCUAAACAAUUUCAAUAAAUUAAAUAUUGUUUAUCAGGUGUUAUCUGGUUAUGCUUUGAUUAUUGUUAUUGUAAUAUCUAGAUCGUGGUUGGAAAGGCAUCAGACUAUCAAAACAAAAUGAGCCACCAACUAUCUGAGGGGUCUCUUGAGGUGAUAAUGAAUGGAGGAGUGUAUGAUAAGCCCAUAAUGCAAGUGUUAGGCAGUAAGAAAAUUCAAGGUAGUGGUGCCAACGAGAGGUUCCGGCUCCUCGUAUCAGAUGGCAAGCAUUCACACAGCUUUGCCAUGCUUGCCACACAACUGAAUGAUAAACUGAUAUCUGGGGAACUCUCUGAUUACUCUGUCGUACAGAUUGAUCGAUUUGUUACAUCACUGCUGAAAAAUACUGGCAAAGGCGAAAAGCGUGUAAUGAUCAUCUUGGAUAUCACAAUAGUAGCUCCUGGCAGUACCGUGGGGAAGAAGCUUGGCAACCCUGUGACUUGGACAGAGGAGUCCGCUGCAGCUGCACCACCAGCCAAGUCCACGCCUACGCCUGCCCCUCGUCCCAACCCAGCCCCAGUGCCCACGUCACUGCCUACUCCUUCAGCCAAUCUUGAUUCCAGUAUACUAUCUUCACAGAUGACCCAUCCUAUUGCCAGUCUCAGUCCAUACCAGAAUAAGUGGGUCAUAAAAGCUCGCGUUAUGUCUAAAUCGGACAUACGCACGUGGAACAACGCGCGCGGUGAAGGCAAACUCUUCAGUAUGGACCUGUGCGACGACAGCGGAGAGAUCAGAGCUACAGCAUUCAAAAACGAAUGUGAUAAGUUCUACGAUAUGAUACAGGUGGACAAAGUGUACUACAUUAGCCGCUGUCAGCUGAAAACAGCUAAUAAGCAAUACACCACAAUGAAAAAUGACUAUGAAAUGACAUUCACAGCUAACACAGUAGUUGCAGAGUGUAUGGAAGACGCUUCCAGUGUACCAAGCAUUAAAUUUGAUUUUGUACCAAUUAAUGAUAUUGCUGCAAAAAGUGUGGACACCUUAUUGGAUGUGGUUGGUGUAUGCAAGGCUGCUUCGGAUCUUCAAGAGUUAACUGCUAGGAGUACAGGAAAAUUGCUUAAAAAGAGGGAGCUCACCCUUGUUGACAAUUCUGGUGGUGCGGUUGUCUUAACAAUGUGGGGAAAGGAAGCUGAAAAUUUCGAUACCAACACAAACCCAGUGAUUGCUGUAAAAAGUGCUCGUUUGGCAGAGUUUAACGGCAGCAAGUCCCUGUCUUGUCUGGCCAGCACCAUGAUCCGACUGAACCCUGACUUGCCUGAAGCACACAAGCUGAGAGGCUGGUACGAUAAUGGCGGCGCUGAUAUGGAGAUCGUCAAUAUUUCCGCCAGGGUCGGAGGCUACAGCGGGGGCAGUAACGAAUGGAUCACGUUCUCUGACGCGGAAUCUCGGCAGCUCGGCUCAGGAGACAAAGGCGACUACUUCAGUCUACUCGGAGUUCUCACAUUUACGUUCGCCGACAAUGCGGUCUACAAAGCUUGCCCACAAGAACAGUGCAACAAGAAACUUGUCGACCAAGAAAAUGGACUCUACAGAUGCGAGAAGUGCAAUAGAGAAUAUCCUAAUUACAAAUAUAGACUUUUAUUGGGGGCAAAUGUAUCAGAUGCAACAGGAGACCAGCGUAUAACGGCCUUCAAUGAAGCCGCAGAGGCGAUGCUCGGCAAGAACGUCGCAGAAAUCGGCCGUCUGUUUGAAUACGACAAGACAACAUACACGCAGAUGUUUGAAGAAGUCAAGUUCAGGACUUUCGUGUUCAAGUUCCGCACCAAAAUGGAGACUUAUAAUGAUGAGGCCCGCCUAAAAACCGUAGUUGUCAACGUUCAGCCAGUAGACUAUAAGGAUGCCAACAAGAGACUAAUUGCCAGCAUAAAAGCUCUUUCAGGAGUUGAAGUAUAGUGUUGAUCAUUAAUUCUAUUCCUACAAAUAUUCUGUAAGAAGUGUUAAGUCCCAUGAGAAUAAUUCCACUUAUAAAAUGUGAUAAAUAAAAUUGAUCAUGAUGUAUUAAAGUAAGGUACCAAUUUGUUUUGUUAAAUUAUGCAAGUGUUGAACACAGAACCUGCUAUUUUUUGUCAAUAAAUUAAUGUAGUUUUCUUGAUUA